AUGUCGCUCGAGAUGGACACGAGGGAGUGGCUCGCCGGGCAUCUCAGUGGGCCGAAGCCAGGUGUAGAUUUGGCAUGUGCCACGGCCCGGCGCCUCGCCAGCCUCCAGGGCAAGCGCGCGGAGUUGGAGGCGCAGCUUCAAGCAAAGCACCGGACGAUCAGCAGCGCCCAGGAAGCCCUGGCGCGGCACCGGCAGGUGGCCGCCUCGCAGCAGGGCGAGGUCGAGGAAGAGCGGCGGCAAGCGGAGCUGGCCGAGAAGCAGCUGACCGAGGGAGCCGCCGCGCGGCAGCUCGCCGCCCAGCGCCUCAGCGGGCUCCGCAGGGAGAAGGCGGCGCUGUGCGCGGAGCUCGAGGCGGCGAAGAGGAGCCUCGCCACGACAUCCACGGAGGUGGAGGCGUACGACGAGCGCCUUGUGGCCAAGGAGGCGUCGGUGGCCGCGCUCCAGCAGCAGAGCCGUGCCAAGGAACAGUCCCUCGAGAAGCUCAAGGCUGUGAAGGAGGAGUUCUUCAAGCAGAUGGCUGAAGAGAAGCGCCGGAGGCAAGAGCUCCGUGAGAAGAUGCGGGCCUGGCUGGCAGAUCAGGAGUCUGCAGAGAAGGCGCUGCAGGCCAAGGUGGAGCAGCAGCUGCAGGAGAUGGGGUCCUUGAGGGAGAAGCAGGAGGCCGCGCGGCGCCGCGCCGUCGAAGCCGGGGUGGCCAGCGCUGCGGAGAGGCAAAAGGCGGAGGAGUCGAGGAGUGUCAUCCCCUUGUACAAGAAGCAGCGGGAGGAGAUCUUGGAAGAGAUCCGUGAUCUCGUCGUCCAGGAUGACCUCGCCAAGCAGGAGCUGGAGAAGGCGCUCUCCACUCUUCUGGCAAAGCAGCACAAGGAGCACCGUACCAGAACUGCACUAGAAUUCGACAUCUCAGCCAGCUUCACUUUCUUCAGGUAUUGCGUGGUCAUGUUGGGCCUGGACGGCGCGGGCAAGACAACUGCGCUUUACAAGCUCAGAUGGGGCGUCACAGAUCUCAGCAUCAAGCCCACCAUUGGCUUUAACGCGGAGACCAUCAGGCUCGAGAGGGACUCCUUCACCCUCUUUGAUAUCGGUGGGCAUGAGAAGAUCCGGCGCGUUUGGGGUCACUACAGCGACCCAGACACCGACGCCAUGAUCUACGUGCUCGACAGCACGGAUGAACGCCGGACCUCCCACACCGAGCUGGCCCGUCUCAUGAAGCUCAGGACUUUUCCGCUGCUGGUUUUGGCCAACAAGCAGGACCUCCCCGGUGCCCUGGGCGCCGAGGAGGUUGCCCGGCUGCUUGACCUGGAGCGAUGGCCAUGCGAGUGGCACGUUCAGCCGGCCGCUGCCGUUACGGGCGACGGCUUGUUCGAAGGCUUGGCUUGGCUUUCGGAGGUGCUGGAGAAGCGCGAGCCUCGAGUUCUGGGUCAGAGUCAUGGGGCCCAUGAGAGAUAUGGGCGCCUGACAGAAAUGCUCGAGCUGGUCAUGAGGGCUUUCCACCGUUAUUAA